GAGUGGUCUUGUCAGCACCCAACCCAACUCACACUGCAUCUCAACUCCGUCAAAUUUGUCUCUCCCUCUCUACAUGUAAUUCUCAUUCAUCCCUCCUGUCUUCUAAAACCCAAAACCACUCCCUCACUAUUCCACUCCAAUUCUCGAUUUUUUUCUCAGUUAGGGUUUCGGUCUGUGAUUUACAGAGAGAGGGGUACUAAGGUAUGGCUGAUCAUCUGGAGAGGUUGGGAUCGGAGGAGUCGAGUAUGAAGGAGGGGCUGUGCAUGGUGGAGGUUGAUCCGCCGAUCAGAGAUAAUCUUGCCACCACCGAUGACUGGCGGAAGGCGCUUGAUAAGGUGGUUCCGGCGGUGGUCGUGCUUCGGACCACCGCUUGUCGGGCUUUCGACACCGAAUCUGCCGGUGCCAGCCACGCCACGGGCUUUGUCGUUGAUAAGCAGCGCGGGAUUAUUCUCACCAAUCGCCACGUCGUCAAGCCCGGACCUGUAGUUGCAGAAGCCAUGUUCCUAAACCGCGAAGAAAUUCCUGUGUAUCCUAUAUACCGUGACCCGGUUCAUGAUUUUGGCUUCUUUCGUUAUGACCCUGGUGCCAUACAAUUUCUCAGCUACGAGGAGAUUCCUCUUGCUCCAGAGGCUGCUAGUGUUGGACUAGAGAUCAGGGUGGUUGGUAAUGACAGUGGAGAGAAGGUCUCCAUUCUGGCUGGCACCCUGGCUCGUUUGGACAGGGAUGCUCCUCAUUAUAAAAAGUAUGUGUUAGCUUUAAUGUGCGUAUAAAUAUUUAUUUACUAUAUUUCAUUUUUCGAACUUUGCACUUAACUAGAAUGCAUAUAUUAUUAAAAUCU